AGAUCCGUUCUUCUGCACUCAGCAGUGACUGUUCGUGCUUCAAAUGGCUGUGCGCGGGUCCUCUCUGAUGCCGUUCUCCAUUCAAGCCAUUCUGAACAGGAAAGAAGAGUCUCGCCGUUUAACGGAUCUGGACGUGUGUUUCUCCAAACGCGCGUGCUGGAAAAUCCUCGAUGAAAUGGACGGACCGGACCGGAGCGACGAGAGAGACCAGAAGAACUACGACUCGGACUCCGGGUUGAGUGAAGAGAACGACACCAAAGUUCCGAUCGAUUUAAAGGCCGAAAAAGACGAGACGGAUCACGAAUCCACGGCGGCCGAUCACGGCAAAGGCCUGAGCGACUGUGUGUCCGAUUGCAAUACGGUUGAGGAGAAGAGCAGCGAUCAGCCCAAGCAGCGGAAGAAGCGUUCCCGUGCCGCGUUCUCUCACGCGCAGGUGUUCGAGCUCGAGCGGCGCUUUAAUCACCAGCGCUAUUUAUCCGGACCGGAGCGCGCGGACCUCGCGGCCUCUCUCAAACUGACCGAGACUCAGGUCAAGAUCUGGUUCCAGAACCGACGGUAUAAAACCAAACGGCGCCAGAUGGCAGCCGAUCUCCUGGCCUCGGCCCCGGCGGCGAAGAAAGUGGCCGUGAAAGUGCUGGUCCGGGACGACCGGAGACAGUACAGCCCCGGGGAACUGUUGCGACCGUCGCUGCUCUCCCUUCAGCCGCAUUAUUAUUACCCGUACACGUACUGCCUGCCCGCCUGGAGCCCGUCCUCCUGCACCGGGACCCAGUGA